AUGACCGCAGCUACCACGUCUGUGGGCCCAGGUGUUGCUGAAAAUGGCCUCAACAGUCUCGUUCAUGGCCACAUCACAAUGAACAUGCCUCGUUUUCACCCAAUUGCUAUCAACCCGCAUCACUCGGGCGCUCACGAUCCCUCUCAGGGUCACUAUCGUCACACUCCCUAUCCUCCCCCUCCUGUAGAGCAACAACCUCUAGCACACCCGGGACCCCAAGGAACGCCUGCACCGUCCGGACCGCUAUUGGGACCGCAGUCGAUUCCCAACCAGCUUGACCAGAUCGAGGCCCGUCUGCGCCAACUGGAGCACGAAGAUGCCGCCCGCAUGGCCGCCCGCAGUCAUCUGCUUGCCAUCCGAAAGCGUGAAGAUGAGGAAUUCCGUAUGAUUACAGAAAGUGCAGAAGCAGAGGAAGAGGAACUGCGUCGACGGAGAAAGCGUCUGAAGCGGGAAUCCAUGGGACUCUCGUAUAACUCCGGAGUCGAUUCUCCCCCCCGUGCCACCCCACCACGUCGACUCUCUGAGACCAAUGCUGCCACGACGCUGGCAUUUUUCAAACAGCAAAGUCCCCAGGAACCCGUUCCUGCUACUCUUCCGCCUCCCGUUGCCCAUAUCCCUACUCAACCGCCUCCUAGUACGGACCCUAACGGUGGUCAUGUCAGGAAGAAGCAAAAGUACACGAUUAAGAAUGUAGAGGCUUGGGGCGAGCGACAUGGACGACCUAUCAGUCAUGAUCCUGCCGGCCGCGCUCUGUGGAAGCGUCCCUCCGACGGCCGCCUGGUCUACUUGAACUGCCCCGCGCCGGGUUGUGGAAAGUCUGACUUUGUCACACUACAUGGUUUCAUGUGCCAUCUCACGAAAAAGCAUAAGGACAGGAGUCUGGGGAGCCAGUCCCGUGCGCUGGAACUGUGCGGUACGGUUUUUGAUCCCAGUGCGCCUCUCCAGGCUACAGUGAUCAACCGGGCCUCUACAGAAGAAAGCCAUUCGGAGUCGCCAGCGGUAUAUUCUGAUUCUGACGAUGACGAUGACGACCUCAAGCAUCCAUACGGCAUCAAAAGGGAGGACUCGUCCAGCAAGCUCCGCAGCACCCCACAGGUGCCGUCUACUUGCAGCACAAACGCAGAGCCCAACCCGAUGACGAAUGGUUCUGUGAAGCAGACCAUUUCCUCGAUUCUUGAUAAUGAUACCGAGAAGCCUCGAGAG